AUAAAUAACACGGCAACUUGAGACGUCUAAGCAUAACACAUUCAGCUCUUCAGUCAAGAAGUCGAAGCAUUCCAAAAACCAGCAAAAUGUUCAAACUGAUUGCCCUCAUCUCUGCCCUGUGCGCCGUGGCUAAUGCCGGAGUGAUCGCCCCCUACAGCCAUGGCUACGGAUUGGGUUACGGCGCCGCCCUGGCUCCGGCCUACGCCGCUCCCGCCGUGAUCUCCCACGCCCCGAUCAUCAAGAGCUACGCUGCCCCCAUCGCCGUGGCCCACCCCGUGGCUACCUCCUACGCCAACACCUACAAGGUGGCCACCAAGGCCAUCCCUGUGGUACACGCCGCCCCUCUGGUCCAUGCUGCUCCUCUGGUCCAUGCUGCCCCUGCUCUGCACACCACCUCCACCUACCACGGCUCGUACGGCGGAUACGGCAGCUACGGCCUGGGCUACGCCGGCUACGGACACGGAUACCUGCACUAAGGACCUGGCCAGCGCCAUCUGACCAGCCCCAAUGACGACCAGGACGACCCAAACCCACAUCCGAUGGAUAAUUCGUACUUUGCUGCGGUCAAAGUGCGGAAUUUGCAUUUCGUAGUCAGAGGCAAUCGCAAAGGCCCAUGGGCCUUGAAUUGUGUACAAAUUUCAAAAGUAUCCCCCAGUAACAUCCCGUAAACCCAAACUA